AUGCGCAGGGUUUGGCCCAUAAUGCAGUCUGUUCAAGCAUCUUGGAAGUUCGCGCCUUUAAACCGGCCAUUCACACCCAGUCCAAGUACACGGAAGCUGGAGGGCAUUGUCUUCGAUGUUGAUGGUACACUUUGCGAGCCACAAACGUACAUGUUCUCCGAGAUGAGGUCUGCGCUCGGUAUUGCCAAAUCUGUAGACAUACUUGAGCACGUCUACAGCCUGCCCACGGCCGAACAGCAACAUCAAGCAAUGGAGCUGAUCCGCGACAUCGAGCGGCGCGCCAUGCUGAAGCAGGUCGCUCAGCCGGGCUUGGUCAAACUCAUGAGCUAUCUCGACUCGCGCGGCAUCCGCAAGGGGAUCUGCACGCGCAACUUUGAGACACCCGUCAACAACCUACUCAGCAAGUUCCUCGCUGGCAGCGUGUUUGCGCCCAUUGUGACACGGGACUUUCGCCCCCCUAAACCAGACCCGGCGGGGAUCUUGCACAUUGCCCGGAGCUGGGGCCUAGUGCGCAGGAGCACGGGUGAGGCGGGCAUACCCGCCGAUGCUAAGCAGGAAGAGGAGGAGCGCCGGUCGGCCGGGGAGGAGGACAACCAGAGUUGGGAAGUAGAUGGCGGGAAUCUGCUGCGGACGGAGGUCGGGGAGGAGGUCGCGGAUGCGAGCGGCUUGAUAAUGGUGGGCGACAGCAUCGACGACAUCACCGCGGGCCGCCGCGCAGGGGCAAAGACGGUUCUGCUGGUGAACGACGUCAACCGCCACUUGGCGGACCACGAGCUUACCGACUUGGUGAUAUCGCGCCUAGACGAGUUGAUAGAUGUCCUCGAAAAUGGAUUGCUUUGA